CCCACGCAGACACUGCUGCCCUACUGCUCGAUUCAACUUCUCCGCUCGCCCGCGGUAUUUCCUCCGCCGUAUCCCGCCGACCGACAGUUCGCCAUGGAUGCCCGACUGCAGAUCCUUUUCACCUACCAGCUCUCCCGCGACGACCGGCUGGCCCGGAAAUGUAUCCAGGAGUUCUACGCCAGUCGCAGAGCAGACGGGCUACUCGAGACCCAUUUCCCCUCGUCCACGUCUGUCGUGAAUAUCCCAUUCUUCUCCCUCUACUGGAUCCUCAUGGUCCUUGACCAAUUGAUGUACAGGGGGGACGAGCGCCUUGUGCGGAAGUAUCUCGGCGCGAUCGACGGCAUCCUGGACCACUUCGACCAGCGCGUAGCCGCGAACAGGCUUGUGGGUCGACUCGAGCGAGACGUCUGGCCGUUCGUAGACUCAACGAGGGAAUGGUCGGAGCUGUCUCCCGGAGGUGGCUUUCGGGGGUUGGCUGUGCCCCCGGCGUAUCACCGGACGGGCCAGAUGACGUGUAGUAGCUUGAUCUACUCGUAUGCGCUGCAGAAGGCUGCGCAGGUGUGUGAAUAUGCUGCUCGUAGAAGGGGCAGUCCUCGUAGGUGUCGUGCAUGCAGUUGCGGAGGGUGUUGAGGCUGAUGGCCCACUGCUGUUGCGUCUCUACGGAAUGGAAAGAGGCGAAUGCGGUGGUGAUCUUGAGCGGGUAUUGGGUUGCUCUGUAA